AUGGAGGGUGCCUUUACUCACCUCGGAAACCACUUGAUCUCCGAUUCCGCUGCUGCGAUCAAGGCCGGCGCCGACGACCUCUCGACUAUCGAUGCGGACGAGAGCCUCCUCUAUGGUGGCAAGUUUGGGGGCCGCGGCGGACGACGCCGCGCCGAUGACGACGACAACCAGACUGAGCUAUAUGACGAGGAGGACAAUGACAGUCUGACGAGCGCACCCGUUGGCGCUUUGCAAGACUUGAAGCUCGGUCACGCUCAGGAGGAGGAAAGAGAGCUGCCUGCCCAUGCCUGCUCGUACUGCGGCAUCCAUUCCCCGAGCUCCGUUGUCAAAUGCCUUGGCUGCAACAAGUGGUUUUGCAGUGCUCGCGGCAACACGACCUCCAGCCACAUCGUCAACCAUCUCGUUCGCGCUCGCCACCGAGAAGUCCAGCUUCACCCUGAAUCGACCCUUGGCGACACUAUCCUUGAGUGCUACAACUGCGGAAGCAAAAACGUCUUCCUGCUGGGAUUCAUCCCUGCCAAAGCCGACACCGUUGUCGUUCUUCUCUGCCGACAGCCAUGCGCCGCCAGCACUUCCUCAAAGGACAUGAGCUGGGACAUCUCGCGAUGGCAGCCCUUGAUUGAGGAACGCGCCUUCCUCCCGUGGCUGGUCGCAACGCCCUCAGACGCCGAGCAGCUGCGCGCUCGUCACUUGACCCCGAAUGUCAUGGCCAAGCUCGAGGAACUGUGGAAAGAGGAUAUGACGGCAACGGUGGCCGAUUUGGACAAGGCGACCAGUAUUGAUGACGACCCUCAUCCUGUCCUGCUCAAGUACGAAGACCCGUUUCAGUACCAGAAUGUUUUUGGCCCUCUGGUCAAGAUGGAGUCCGACUACGACAAGAAGCUCAAGGAAGCGCAAUCGGAGGACGGCCUUCAGAUUCGCUGGGACUACGGCCUGAACGGCAAGCAUCUUGCAAGCUUCGAGCUUCACAAGAUAGAGUCCGGCGAUGUGAAGCUAGCUGUUGGUGACGAGAUGCGACUCCGCUACAAGGGAGAGCUUCGCCCAGCCUGGGAAGGCGUUGGCUACGUGAUCAAGAUCCCCAACAAUCACUCCGACGAGGUCACUCUGGAGCUGCGUAAGGCCGGUAACGAGAAGACGGUCCCAACUGAGUGCACCCACAACUUUUCGGCCGAUUAUGUGUGGAAAGCGACUUCAUAUGACCGCAUGCAGCUCGCCAUGAAGACUUUCGCUGUUGAUGACAACAGUGUCUCGGGCUUUAUCGUUCACAAGCUGCUUGGACGUGACGUUGCGGUCGCGCCCAUGAAGACGGCCAUGCCUAAGAAGUUUACCGCUCCUGGACUUCCCGACCUCAACCAGUCCCAGAUUUCUGCCAUAAAGGCGGUCCUCCAGACGCCUCUGAGUCUUAUCCAGGGGCCCCCGGGCACUGGCAAGACCGUCACGUCGGCGACCAUCAUCUACCACCUCGCUAAGAGCAGUGGAGGACAGGUCCUCGUCUGUGCGCCUUCUAACGUUGCCGUCGAUCAACUUUGCGAACGUAUCCACCGCACAGGGCUCAAGGUCGUGCGCUUGACAGCCAAGUCUCGUGAGGAUGUUGAGUCCUCUGUCAGUUUCCUCGCUCUCCACGAACAAGUCCGUAUGAACGACAGCAAUGGCGAGCUUGUCAAGCUUGCACAGCUGAAGACCGAGCUUGGCGAACUCUCGAGCCAGGAUGAGAAGAAGUUCAAGCAGCUGACCAAGGCUGCCGAGCGUGAUAUUUUACACAACGCUGACGUCGUCUGCUGCACCUGUGUCGGAGCAGGCGAUCCCCGUCUCUCUAAGAUCAAGUUCCGUAAUGUUUUGAUCGAUGAGUCGACCCAGUCUGCUGAGCCGGAAUGUAUGAUUCCUCUUGUUCUCGGUUGCAAGCAGGUGGUUCUUGUUGGCGACCACAAGCAGCUGGGCCCAGUCAUCAUGAACAAGAAGGCAGCGAAGGCAGGCCUCAACCAGUCUCUGUUCGAGCGACUGGUGAAUUUGCGUCUGCAGCCCAUUCGGCUGAACACUCAGUACCGCAUGCACCCAUGCCUGUCGGAAUUCCCAUCCAACAUGUUCUACGAUGGUUCCCUUCAAAACGGCGUGACGCACGCCCAGCGACUCCGCCGCGAUGUCGACUUCCCAUGGCCCGUUGCCGAUACACCCAUGAUGUUCUGGUCGAACCUGGGUAACGAGGAGAUCUCAGCCUCCGGCACAUCUUAUCUCAACCGCACCGAGGCUUCGAACGUCGAGAAGGUUGUGACUCGGUUCUUCAAGGCAGGCGUCAAGCCCCAGGACAUUGGUGUUAUCACACCGUACGAAGGCCAGCGCAGCUACAUCGUUAGCACGAUGCAGAACACGGGCACUUUCAAGAAGGAAAGCUACAAGGAGGUCGAGGUGGCGUCGGUCGACGCCUUCCAGGGCAGAGAGAAGGAUUUCAUCGUACUCUCUUGCGUGCGUUCCAGCGACAACCAAGGCAUCGGUUUCCUUUCGGACCCCCGUCGCCUGAACGUUGGUCUCACGCGCGCGAAGUACGGCCUCGUCAUCCUCGGCAACCCCAAGGUGCUGUCUAAACACGAGCUCUGGCACCAUCUUCUUGUCCACUUUAAGGACCGCAAGUGUCUCGUCGAGGGCCCGCUUACCAACCCUGCAAAAGCUCCCCUCCCUCCAGUUUGGCAAACCCCAAGACGCCCGUCCCGUCAAAAGUUCAACCAGCCUAACCAAUACGCUGCCGGCGGAUACAGCAGCGGCAAUGGGAACAGUAAUGGCAGCCGCUACGGUCCUCCUGGCGGUUCUGUCCGCGACUUUGAUACAGGCUCCGUUGUGUCCUACAUUCCUGACGACGUCUCCUCUAUUCACAGCUCUAGCCUCGGCGGCGCCGGCCUCAACACGACCUACCCUCAGUUCUUCUCCGGAUUCGGCCACGAAACCUGGCCCGGACUGCCAGGUGCCCCUACUGGUCGGUCCGGCAACCGCAGGGCCGCACGCGGCACGGAGAGCAUCGCUGGCGAGAGUGUGGCCAAUUCUGAGUACACCGAUGCAAGCGCUAGUGUCAUUGGGGCCAAGGGAGUAGGUCAGGGCGGCGUCAGCCUGGGCGCGGGUCUUCAAGAUGCCAUUCACGGCAUGCGGCCGGCAUCUUACAGCCGCAGCGACCGUCUCACGCAAUAUGUCAACUCGACCAGCGGUAACCGAAACGGCCCUGGCAAUGGCUACGGGCGUCGCUUCGACAAGGAUGACGAUGAAAAGAGCGUCAGCACUGCCUUCCACAGUCAGAUUGGCGGCGGCUUCGACUGA